ACAAAGCACAGCUUUUCUUCUCCAUUUUGCACAUUCAGUACUCCAUAAAUUUUGGGUUUUGAACAUUAAAUUUUUUUUUUUGAAGAAAAGUUUAAACUAUCUGAACCAGCUCAAGCAAUUUCCAGCCUUUUUCUUCAUCUGGGUUGCUUUGUUUUUCAUAUUUGGAUACUGGGUGUUCUUCAUUUUUUGUUAAUUGAUUCAGUGCCAGGUAACAUAGAUUAAUGGAUUGGAUUAUUGGGAGUUGUAAUGAUGAUCUUAUGGUUCCCAUGGAUGAUGAAUUAUCGGAUAUGCUUAUGUCGGACGAAAGUUGGUCCAUGUGGGGUCCUACUGCUCCAGAAGGUUUUGAGUUACCCCAAAAAUAUUUCAUGAUGGAUCAACAUCCGAACUCAUCACUCAAUUACAGAGGCUUUUCUAAUGAAUUUGAGAUGAAAUCCAUUCAAGUGCCUGGGGAUGAUUGUCGGAGGAGUCUCUCCGCCAGGGAUUUACAUGAUCAACAAAACUACCAGCUUGAUGGCUUUUCAAGAAUCGAAGAGAUGGAUGAGAUUUUCUUGAACUCAUUGCUAGAGGAUCACCCUGGAAACGAGGAUCUUCAUGAACCAUUUUGCUUUUCUUCUGAAUCUCAAAGUGGGACGAUAUCAGCAGCUCAUGCAUUUACUCCAUCAGUGGGUUGGGAAAAAGAUGAAGUGUCUGCUCCAUUGUUCAUUCCAUGCAACUCAGAGCCAGAAGAUCCUGUAAAGGCACUGUCGGUUAAAGUCUAUGCUCACCAUGAUGAGAGCAGCUCAAAUGUACAUGUGGCUAAGCAAGCAUCUCUUGAAGAAUCAGUGAUGCAGGACCUUGAAAGGGUUAUGGCGCAGUUGACUAACAAGACCAGGAUUUGCUUCCGUGAUUCCUUCUAUCGCCUUGCUCAGAAUUCAGAGCAACAAUCUGUAUCGCAUACUCAAUAUGCAAGUGUUUCCACAAACACGCCCCGCUUGUGUACUAGUAAGGACGAGAAAAUAAGGUCUGGAAGAAAGAAAGCAGUUGAAUCAGAAACCAACUCCAUUGACAGAGCCAUUGCUAACCUCGCAUUUAAUAAGAUGGACUCUAAUGCACGAAGCUUUCAGACUACGUCAAGGAAUUCCAAUCAAGAGAUGACGAGAGGAACAAGACUACAUGACUAUCACUAAAUUGGCAGCAAAUUCAUCACCAUCUCCAGUCCCAUACUUCGGCAAAUGAUGCUGAAGUCCAAUCAGUGUUCGGCGACACUCAGAGAAAUAAACAAAUGGCCCUAGAGAUGUGUCAAGAAAUGCUGGCAAAAACAACAUGUAGUCUGAAAAGUUUGAGCAGAAAGCAGUUGUUUGAAGGCUAGAUAGAGGUUCCCCUACAUAAUGGCUUGAAUAAUAACAUCAAGACAAAGAACAUGAUGUAAAGACUAACUCGAGGAUAAGCUAGAAAAGCCUAGGAAGAAACAGAAAAAGAAACAUAGAGAAAAAGAGAAGAAAAAAAUAAGUGUGGAAGGUCUGAAAAAAUAUUUGUGUUCUCAGUUUCGGUGAAUAUGUAUUGUGUUUGUAACGACACUUAUAACAAGCAUGUAUACUUGUUCGUGAGGUGAAUUCGUUCUGUUGUUGAUUGAGUAUAUAUCAUUUCUAAUCUA